AAAAAAGCUCGGAAUUCGUUUAUCAAAAUCAGAGAGAGAGAGGGCGAGUCCUUCCUCUUUGAUCUCUCCUCUCUCCCGAUUUCUUCAAUAUCCAGCGAUUUGAAUAUCAGGUUUUAUUUGAGGACCUACACCCAUUGACAAUUGACGUGGGAAGUAGACUGAUUUAAGGCUCAGUUUGACGUCCAGGAGGGCAUAUGUUACGUAUUUGCACAAGAAAUCAUGAGUAAUACUCAUUUUAUGGUUCUAACUACAGAACUCUAGUAGUAACUGCCAGUUUAGUGCAUCAAGUUGGUCCCCUGCCAUCAUGUGGAGUUUUGUUUCAAAUGCCAUUGCAAGGAAGAAAAACUCUAAUGAGCCAAGUACAGCUUGUCUAGGAUUCUCGGAUGAUGAGAUUUGCUCAGAUGCAAGCACUGAGGAAGGUUUGGAAUGCCCUAUAUGCUGGGAAUCGUUUAAUAUUGUUGAGAACGUGCCUUAUGUCUUAUGGUGUGGCCAUACACUCUGCAAAAAUUGUGUCCUAGGGCUUCAGUGUGCUGCUUUGAGAUUCUAUGCUCAACGGGUCCAGAUUCCAUUCUUCAUUUCUUGCCCGUGGUGUCACUUGCUAACGUUGCGAAUGGUUUAUGAGGGAAAUCUCAAGUUUCCUCGCAAGAAUUUCUUCCUUCUCUGGAUGAUUGAGAACUUGAAUGGUGACAGAAUGAAGCCUCAUUCUUCCAUUUGUGGGGAUCAUCAACCAGUUUGGUCUCCAAGGAACACUUCAGCUCUCAGAAAUCACUCUAGCAGCACUAACCACAGGAGGGUUCAUCGUCUUGGACAUUGGGGGUCAAUCAGUAAUGAUCAUGACAGCAUCAGCAAUAACCAUACUCUGGAGAGACCCCAUCUUUCCCUACACAAAUCCCUGCAUCUCUUCCUUCAGUUUACAGCCAAGUUUCCAAUGAUUAUCCUAUUUCUUCUGAUUUUUAUUUUUGCUAUACUUUCCAGUGUUGCCAUCCUAGCCCUGUACCUGCUAAUUACAGUUCUCGUUGCACUGCCAGCUUUCUUGGUAUUGUACUUUGCAUAUCCUUUUUUGAAGUGGCUGGCAAGAGAAAUCACUACAUGA